GUUUGGCCGGCCGCGCUGCACAGAGCAACCGGAGCACUCUAAAACCACUUAGCCAGACGAGCCGGGGAUGCUAGCAGUGCCAAAGUAUGACCGUUUUUGGAACGACGCCCUGACUCCGUCGGAGAAACCAGCCAUGAGCGGCAAGGUCGCCUCGGCCACCGGGCCGCUGCCGCCCCCCUCGGCCGCCCCCUCGGCGGACCCCCCCUGCCCCCCGCCGCUGGGCGAGGAGCAAGAGGCCGUCACCACCUUCUGCAUGCUAAUCCCCAAAAUGCCCCAGUGGAAAUUUUCCAGCCCUUCGGGGUUUCUUAGCCGGAGCCCCUCCGGCGGCAGCAGCAAGGAGAUUUCGGCCACGGGGAGAGAAGUCCGGGGCACUCCGCAGCCCCCCUCGUCGGGCCUGGCCGCCGUCCUCAGCGCCUGCGAGCCCGUCUGCGCCACGCCCUGCAGCCUGCAGGUGAUGAGCCGGCUGAGGGGGGGCCCCGCCGGCAGCGGGAGGAAGGCCCCACGGGCUGAGGGGGGUCGGCCGGCCGGGGAGGAAUGGAGUCGCAAAGGGAGCUUUAUCAGCAAACCGGUCCAAGGCUGGCUUCACCCGGACGAGAGAAUCCUGGGCCCGGGGGUCUCCUAUAUCGUUCGGUACAUGGGAUGCAUCGAGAUCCUGCGGUCGAUGAGGUCCCUAGAUUUCAACACCCGGACGCAAGUUACCAAGGAAGCCAUCAACAGACUGUACGAAGCUGUUCCGGGAGUCAAAGGAACCUGGAAGAAGAAGGCACCUAACAAAGCUCUCUUCUCAAUUCUGGGCAAAAGCAAUCUCCGUUUCGCUGGCAUUAGUAUAGCGGUCAACAUCUCCAUCGACGGGCUGAAUCUCAUGAUUCCUACAACCCGACAGAUCAUCGCGAACCACCACAUGCAAUCCAUCUCCUUCGCUUCGGGGGGUGAUACGGACACAACUGACUACGUGGCUUACGUUGCAAAGGACCCCAUCAAUCAACGAGCCUGCCACAUCUUGGAGUGUUGUGACGGGCUGGCGCAGAGUGUCAUCAAUACCGUGGGGCAAGCUUUCGAGCUCCGGUUUAAGCAAUAUCUCCACAGCCCCCCCAAGGCUAUGGGCCUGCAGGAUAGGGCAAUGGGAACAGAAGACUCUGCAUGGGGAGAGGAUGAAGAAACUUCGGAACACGACUAUUACAAUAGCAUCCCAGGAAAGGAGCCUCCGAUUGGUGGGUUGGUGGACUCCCGCCUUCAGCGUGGCCCCUCCCUCAGCCACGCCCAUUCCCAGCUCUCCUGCGCCAGUCAUUUCAGCCAGGUUGCGUCUCCGGCCAGGAGAGACCACAGCACUCACUCCAACUUGAACUGGGACUCCGAUGCUCACGGCCAGAGCUGCGAUGGGUACGUCCAGGCAGAUGGAAAACCCCUGGGCUCCCAAGACUAUGAAGAGCACAUGUAUGUGAACACGCAGAACCUGGACAACUGGGAGGCGGAUGCUGGCUUGCACCGAGCGGCUGACGAAAGCCCCACAAAGGACCUCUUUGAUAUGAGGCCGUUUGAGGAUGCUCUGAAGCUCCACGAAUCCAUGUCAGCUUGCGGCGCGGGUGUCGGCGGCGGCAGCCCGCCGAUUGAGGACCAGUGGCCCAGCCCGCCCACCCGGAAGGCCCCCAUCGCCCCCAUGGAGGAGCAACUGAAGCAGGAGCCCUGGUACCGCGGGAAGCUGAGCCGGAGGGACGCGGAGAAGCUGCUGCAGGUGGAUGGGGAUUUCCUGGUCAGGGACAGCGUCACCAACCCGGGACAAUACGUCCUGACCGGGAUGCAAAGCGGGCAGCCUAAGCACUUGCUCCUGGUGGACCCGGAAGGCGUGGUGAGGACAAAGGAUGCCUUGUUUGAGAACAUCAGCCACCUGAUAAACUACCACCUGCAGAACGAACAGCCCAUAGUCGCCGCCGAAAGCGAGCUCCACCUGCGGCAGGCGGUAAGGUGGAAGCAAUGACAGGAAUCUGACCCUCUGCGCAGAAGCUGACCCAGCCUUCCUACCUGCCAAAUCUGAGUCUGGAAUCCUAGCUUUGCAGAAGCAGCAAUCUAUGGGCGGAGAAGAGACAUCGAGAUCUGGAGUCAGAAAUCCUGGAUUCUACCCGCAUCACCACCUUCCUGACUUGCUCUGCCCCAGCACUAGUCGCUCCCACUUUUUAAAAUUCUUUUUAAAGUUCAGCCAUCUCCUUCUCCCACUCCAGAUAUGGGGCGGAACGCUUUAAAUCAGUCCAGGUGGCCUACACUGCAAGGAGGCCUGUGCCCAGCUUUCUAGCAAAUCAGCUCAGAGUUGCUGAGGUUUCUCAGUUUUAUU